AUGAGUAUGCUGAGUUGGAACUGCCGUGGCUUGGGUAAUCCAUGGACAGUUCGGGAGGUAGUGGACAUGGUGUCCCGUAAGCAACCCGAUUUUGUAUUUCUUAUGGAAACUAAAGUGGCAAGAGAUCAUGCGGAGCGACUUCGCGUUACGAUGGGGUUUGAAGGAUUGUUCUAUGUUGAUAAUGAUGGCUUAAGUGGUGGAUUAGCGUUAUUGUGGAAGAAGAAUAGUACGGCAAGAUUACUUAGUUACUCGAAGAACUAUGUUGAUGUUGAAGUAACUAUGGCAGGUUAUCCACACUGGAGGAUGACAUGUUAUUAUGGCUUCUCACAACGUAAUCGACGUGCCGAGUCUUGGGACUUAUUGAGGACGCUUGCGGCGAAAUCGGAUCUUCCUUGGAUUGUGGUGGGGGAUUUUAAUGACUUACUAUAUCAGUACGAGAAGAGGGGGGGAAACCCGCAUCCGAAUAGCCUUUUACGAGGAUUUGGGGAAACACUCGAGGAUUGUGGUCUGGCACAACUGCCGAUGGUGGGGUACCCAUAUACCUGGGAGAAGGGGAAAGGAACUGCGAAUUGGAUAGAGGAAAGGCUUGACAAGGUUCUGGUGACGAAUGAGUGGCGUAACGUGGUUCCCUAUGCUAAGGUUACGAAUUUGAGAACCAGGAAAUCAGAUCACUCGGCUAUUUUCUGUGGAAUUCAUGAGGGAGUAGAGGCGUAUGGAGGUAGGAGGAGGGGGUUUCGCUUUGAGAUGGCCUGGUUGUAUGAUGAUGGAUGUAGGGGGGUGGUGGAGCAGGCAUGGCACUAG